AUGGACAUUUUCUCUGAAGUCGGCGCGCCUGCUGUGGCCAUGGCAUCCGCCUUGUCGGUGGCCGCCGGUGCUUAUCUCAAUGCAAAGCUUGCCAUCGCCACUGACCUGCGAACAAUUUACAGCGAUAAGGCUGCCGCGAAGCGGUUAAACGAGCGUAUCGCUGAACUCGACGACUCAACAACCAUCUACAAGAUACUCGAGCGGGCGGUGGAGGUGGAAGGACGAGCUGCCACCGAUGCGCUCUGGUUUGAGCAGAAGACGUGGUCAUACAGCCAGCUGAAAGACUUGGUCGACAGAAUGGCUGCUCUUUUGAAGAGCCGUGAUAUCAACCCCGGUGAUACAGUAGGUGUUUUUACCACCAACUCACCGGAGAUGGUCGUGACUGUGUAUGCUCUGUCAAAAUUGGGCGCUGUGGCAGCAAUGAUCAACACCAACCUGCGAGACGAUACUUUCAUCCAUUGUCUCAACGUCUCCGGCUCCAAAUUAAUCAUCUCAACCGCAGAUCUAUCUCAACACGUCUGUGCCGACCUACCACACUUCACACUCAACUUGUAUUCAUUCGAAGGUACCGAAACAGGCUCAAUCGAGCUCAUCACCUCUAAAACCUUGCAGCAAUUCUCCCCAUUAGGACUUGCAGCAGCCAAGCGCAGCCCCAAAGACCUCUCUGUCCUGAUCUACACAUCAGGAACAACCGGAAAACCCAAAGCCUGCGCGAUCCGCAACAUGCUCACCCUGAUCACCUCCACCCCACUCUCAGCAGACGCCAACAACCCCUUAAAGUACCAGCCAUUCCGUGUAUACUCCCCUCUCCCCCUCUUCCAUGGCACAGCCUUCUUCAUGGGCCUAUGCGCCGCCAUCGGCAAUGGAGGCACAUUAUGCCUUGGACGAAAAUUCUCCGCCUCAAAGUUCUGGAAAGAAGUGCACGACUCAGACGCAACCCGUAUCCUGUACAUUGGCGAGUUAUGCCGGUACCUUCUCGCGACGCCCCCAUCACCCUACGACCAGGACCACAAGUGCAUUGUGGCAAGCGGUAACGGGCUGCGUGGGGAGAUCUGGGAGAAGUUCCGUAAGCGCUUCAACGUCCCUGAGAUCCGUGAGUUCUACCGCUCAACCGAGGGAGUCGCCAAAUUCGAUAAUCACGGUGUUGGAGCUUGGGGUGCUGGUAAGGUCGGAUUUUCAGGGCCUAUCCGUCGGUUCUUGGAAGAUGACACUUUCAUCGUCAAGUAUGAUACUGAUACCGAGAUGCCGUACCGGGAUCCUGUCACUGGGCUCUGUGUGAGGGCUGCGCUUGGACAGGAGGGUGAGGCAAUUGGUCGCGUCCGGGACCGUGGUACGCUGAUUGAGUAUCUCGGUAAUAAGGGUGCCACGGAAGAGAAGCUUCUGCGUGAUGUGUUCCAGAAAGGGGAUUUGUUCCAGCGGACUGGUGAUCUGGUCGUUCAAGAUGAAUCUGGGUGGGUGAGGUUCCAGGAUCGGGUUGGUGACACUUUCCGCUGGAAGGGUGAGAAUGUUAGUGCGGGAGAGAUUCGGGACCAUAUUUGCCGGAUUGAGGGUGUACAUGAUGCUGUGGUAUAUGGGGUGAAGCUGGGCGGGUAUGAUGGUCAAGCUGGAGCCGCUGGUAUCACGCUAGAAUCACCAGCAGCUGAGACAGAAUUGAUGUCGACCUUGUACAAGGAGCUUAAGAAGAAGGGUGUGCCUUCAUAUGCUCUGCCUCGAUUGGUCCGACUCACUGAGAAGGUUGCCACAGGUGUCACUUUCAAGCAGGCUAAAGGUGACUUAGCAAAGAAGGGCUGGAACCCUCGUCAGGACUGUGGCGGCGACAUUUUGUACUGGUUGGACAGCAAAGAGUAUCGGAGGUUGGAAGAGCAAAGUUGGGCAGAGAUUGAGAGUGGUAAAGCCAAGAUCUGA